GGUGUGUGUAGGACAGGCCUUGUUCUGGGAGGGACAAUGUCUGCAGUACGAGAUUUCUCUCUUCCGCUGUGAGCUCACAUCUUCAGUGCAGAGAGAGAGAAUAAUCCUCUAGUGAGGGAAUAUACAAAUUUGCUUUAUUUUCCCACUCCCUACAUCCAUCAUGGCAUCUGGGGGUAGAGAUGGGCCAUUGGAUCAUGGACCAGACAUAGAAGUUGAUGAGGAGCAGAUGAGAGAGCAGACGGAGGUCGUCUUUCUGAGUUAUUCUUUUCACAUGUCUCAAAUGGAGACGGUGAAUGAAGAUCCAGCCCGUCUUAACCCAGAAAUAGAGGAGAUACGACCAUGUGACAGAAUGCUUGACAGAGUGGGACAACAGUUAGCAACUAUUGGAGAUGACAUUAAUAACCGAUAUGAGGAAGAAUUUAAUAACAUUCUGAGAACGCUGAAUCCCAAUCUGGAAAAUGCGUACGAUUACUUCAAAAAGAUCGCAUCAAGCCUCUUUGACAGUGGGAUAAACUGGGGCCGUAUUCUGACACUCCUGGGAUUUGGGUACAGGAUGGCGGUAUACGUUUUCCAAAAUGGUCAGCAUGGAUUUUUUAGAACAAUCGCCCAAUGGUUGGCUAGAUAUGUGGUGGAGAGCAGCAUCGCAAGGUGGAUCGCUAGAGAAGGAGGCUGGGUGGCAGCACUUAAACUAACCAACAACAGCAUCAAAUAUGUUGUCGUUACAUUCUGCAUUGUUCUCAGCAUUCAGUUUCUGCUUCAGCGUCUAUGCUAAAGUUUUCAUUUUCUUAGUUCCAACCAAGAUAAUCCAGAAAAACAAACUGAACUAAAAGAAGAAAAAAAAACAACAACAAAAAAACCACUUUGACUCUUGCACCAAAAACAAUAGAGGAUUUGGAUAUGGUAAAUAUCUUUGGUCCAUUAUAACCACAAGACCUGGAGACUCACUGCUACACAGAACUACAGCCCAAGUCAAAACCAUGAAUUCCUUGUUGACUCAUAUCUGAAAGAGAUGUGUUUACCUGCAAGUUGUCUCAUAAAAAUGAGUUUUUGCAACCUUUACCUACAGACAUUAAUAAACUUGCCUGCUAUUUUGUGAUGACAACCUUUAAGGAGAUAGCUAAAAGGACUUAUCACUAUUUGACUUACUGAAGUACUCUUCCUUUUUGCAAUUUUGCUUCCAUUGUAUUAUUCUGUGGUACUUACUAUAGACUCAGGGAUCAAUGAAAAUCAGGACACCUCAAAAUUAUUUUAUAUUUCCGAAGAAUUUGGGACUUUGUUGCUGAAUUUGCCAUAUCAAUAACUUGUUUAAAAUAUUCCCAAAGUUGUAUUUAGGACAGCAGACUUUCAUGAUAUUAAAUAGUUUUGUAAUACUUUUUAUCAGUAGUAUACUAGUUAAAUGGUCAUUAUUAAUAUUUGUAUCAUCAUUAUUGAUUCAUUUCAUCUCCAAUUAAAAACCAGAAUUGAAAAAAAUGGGACAGAACAGAAACUAGCCAGAAGGGAGGGUAAAAUAUAUAUCCCUAUAUUCUCAAACAAAAGGCUUUAAAGGGAUACUGAACCCAAUUGUUUUUGUCUUUCAUGAUUGAUGACAGAGCAUGCAAUUUUAAGCAACUUUAUCAUUUACUUCUAUUAUCAAUUUUAUUUGAAAAAUCAGGAAGGUAAGCUUACAAGCCGAUCCAUUUUUUGUUGAGCACCCUGGGGAGUGCUUGCUUAUUGGUGGCUACAUUUAAUCAGGUGCUGAACCAGAGACGGGCUGGCUCAUAAGCUUAUAUUACUGCUUUUUCAAAUAAAGAUACAAAGAAAAUUUGAUAAUAGGAGUAAAUUAGAAAGGUGCUUAAAAUUGCAUGCUCUACCUGAAUCAUAAAAGAAAAAAUGAGGGUUCAGUAUCCCUUUGAGGUCAUAGUUUUAUAUAGAAAAGCCAGCUUCAGCAUAAAGCUAUAUAGGUUGGAGAAACCAGCCUCUGUGUAAGUUGGUCUACUUUACUGACAAACAAAAAAACAAGUAUUUUUUUAAGGGACAUGAAAGGAAAAAAUUAACGUUUGUUUCAGCUAGGGCAUGCAAUUUUAAAACAUUUUUAAAUUCACUUCUGUUACCAAAUUAAAGAAAUAGAAAGGUCAAUUAAUGAAAUGUGCAUAGGUCCAUUUCAAUAUGAAAUAAAAGCAUUUUUGCAAUAUAUUUCCAUUAGCAAAAAUGCUUCUAAAAAGUUGUUAAUGUUUUUUCUGAGGAAUAUGUACAUAUGCUGUGAGGGCCAGGGCACCAGUAUUUAAACACCUCACCAUCUCAGAGUCAGCAAUGGCUUGUAUGACACAAAUGACAUCUUCAGAAGUAAUAUACAUCACCUCCAGCUCUCUGAGCAUGCAUUGUGUUUGAAUACAGGUGCAUAGGUCCUCAAAGGAUAUGUACGUAUGCCCAGAAAAAAAACUAAUCCUUUUUAAAUAUAAUAGCAUUUAUGUUAAUGGCAGUAUAUUGCAAACAAGCUUAAAAUCUAAAAUUAAAAUGCACCCAUGCACAUUUAAAUUUUGACCUUUCUAUGCAUUUAAAGGGACAUUAAACCCCCAGUUUUUCUUUUAUGAUUCAAAUAGAACAUACAAUUAUAAACACCUUUCAAAUGUACUUCUAUUAAAGGGCCAUAAUACCCAAAUGUUGAAACACUUGAAAGUGAUGCAGCAUAGCUGUAAAAAGUUGACUAGAAAAUAUUACCUGAACAUCUCUAUGUAAAAAAGAAAGAUAUUUUACCUCAAAAAUUCCUCAGUAGCCACAUCCCAUUGUAAAGGACUUCUAAGCAGCAAAUCAGUAUGUCUGUCCCGGGACAGCGGAAGGAGCGAGCAUUCGUGCACACUCAUCUUAUUUCCCUAUUCAGUGUAAGGAAGUUUACAAUAAAAUCUCAUGAGAGUUAAGUGCAAUCUCAUGAAAUCACAGUAAAAUAGUUCAUGACCUCAGCACUGCUGAUGCUGAUUGGCUGCUGUUCAUUUAUUCAUUUAUUAUUUUUUACCUACAGCUGGGCAGCAGCUGAGUAUAACUUUUUACGCAGAACUUACUCUGCUGAGCUGAGGAAAUUGUGAGGUAAAAUAUCUUCCUUUUUUACACAGAGAUGCUCAGGUGAUAUUUUCCUGUCAUCUUUUUACAGUUAUACUGCAUCAGUUUCAAGUGAUUUAGCAUAUGAGUAUUAUGUCCCUUUAAAGGACCAGUCAGUACAGUAGAUUUGCAUAAUUAAUAAAUGCAAGAUAACAAGACAAUGCAAUAGCACUUAGUCUGAACGUCAAAUGAAUAGUAGUUUUUUUUCUGACAAUUUUAAAAGUUAUGUGUAUUUCCACUCCCCCUCUACCAUGUGACAGCCAUCAGCCAAUCACAAAAGCAUACACGUACCAUGUGACAGCCAUCAGCCAAUCACAAAUGCAUAUACGCUUAUUCUGUGAAUUCUUACACAUACUCAGUAAGAGCUGGUGACUCAAAAAGUUUAAAUAUAAAAAGACUGUGCACUUUUUUAAUGGAAGUAAAUUGGAAAGUUGUUUAAAAUUGCAUGCUCGAUCUGAAUAAUUAAAGUUUAAUUUUGACUUGAGUGUCCCUUUAAGUAAUUUUAUUUUUUAUUUUUUUAAAAGCUCCUGAGGUAGGCUCAGGAGCUGGGAGUUAGCUGCUGGUUGGUGGCUGGCUGCAUAUAUAUGCCUGUUGUCAUUGGCUUACUGAUGUGUUCAGCUAACUCCCAGUAGUGCAUUGCUGCUCCAUCAAUUAAGGAUACCAAGAGAAUAAAGCACAAUUGAUUAUAGAAGUAAGUUGGAAUGUUGCCUAAAUUGUAUGUUCUAUUUGAACCAUGAAAGAACAAUUUUGGGUUUUAUGUUCCUUUCUUUUCUUGAUAUCUCCUUUAUAUAUUUUGUUGAAAAACAUAUGCACAUACCACUGGGAGCUAGUUGGUGAUUGGUGGCUGCACAAAUGUAUCUCUUGUCAUUGACUCACCAGAUUGUUCUGCUAGGUGCCAGUAGUGCAUUGCUGCUCUAGAUCUGACUUUAAUCCAUUUGCAGGGGUGACAGAAAGUUAUAUAAAAGCAACAAUGCAAUAAUAAAAUCAUGGACCUUUAACAAACUGCAAGUGCUCAAGAUAUGUCAGGCACUUCGUUAAAGGGACCGUCAACACCAACAUUGUUAUUUUUUAAAAAGAUAGACAAUGCCUUUACUACCCAUUCCCUAGCUUUGCACAACCUACAUUGUUAUAUUAAUAUUAGCCACUACAGUCAGACUCUUAUCACAUGCUUUUUUAUUUGCUAGUUCAUGUGAGCCAUAUAGAUAGAUAGCAUUGUGCUCAUGCCCUUGGAGUUAUUUAAGAGUCAGCACAACACAGCACUAAUUGGCUAAAAUGCAAGUCAAUAGAUAACUCAAAAGUCAGGGGGCUAUCAGAAGAGACGUAGAUACAAGGUAAUCACAGAGUUAAAAGUAUAUUAAUAUAACUGGGAAUGGGUAAUAAAGGGAUUAUCUAUCUUUUAAAACAAUACAAAUUCUGGUGUAGACUGUCCCUUUAAAUAGAGAUUUAAAAAAAUAAAUAAAAGAAGUUUAGGCUGCAUGCCACAUCUACAGCCUAUUUUUAUUUGUAUACAGCUUGCCUAAGUGUAACAUAUCAAUUAAAUGACUGUUUAUGAACCAACAUCACUGACCAUAACCUGAGGUGAUUUUAAAAUUCUACACCUUCUACCUGUUUUCCAUGUUUUGUAUGACAUUUAUUAAAGGGAAAUAAAAUAGUCUGUUUCAUUGUAAUGAAAAA